AUGUAUGUUGUUCUUUAUUUUAUUUAUUUUAAGGAAAAAUAUGAAGAUAAACUACCUUCUAAUUCCUUUAAAAAAAAAUUACUUAAGGAUUUUAAAUUCGAUGAAAUGAAAUCGACUUUUCAAUUACCUAAUUCGUAUGAUUCUCAAUGUUGGGAAUAUAUAAGCAAAAUUCCUGUUACACUAUAUUUUAAUUAUCGCACCAUUGUAAAUAGUUAUUGUAAAAAUAAUCAAAAUAAUAAGUGCUGUAGAGAUAUUAAUUAUUACUUUGAUCUUAUAAUUGGAAUUAUUAGAUCAUCUAAAUUAAGUGUAGAAGAUAAAAGUCAUUACAUCGAAUACGUUGAAAAUUCCUGGAAUGAUCCAUUUAAGAGGGAGAGAGAUUAUGAUUGUAAAAGAGAAAAAGGUAAUUAUUCAAAAGAAAAAAGAUCCAUAUUAAAACAAUUAUAUGAUAUAUGUGACGAUAAAGAAAUGUUGGUCUCUAAUACAGAUUUGUAUAAUAAGCACCUUGAAAAUAAAUGGACUAAAAUUAUUAAUUCUAACAGUUCUGACUUUGAGGAUUUUUCUUUUCAUAUUAAUGGUAAAUCUCUUAAUAAAAAACUCAAAUAUAAAGAUUUUUUAUUGAACUUUGAAGAUAUUGAUUGCACUGAUUACAAUAACAUAAACAUCUCUGAUAUAGUGGUAGAAAGAGAAACCUUAGAACAAAAGACUCUUGUAGAGGUUCCUAGCUCUCGUGAUAAUUCUAGAGAAAUAGAAGUUAUUCCAACACCUGUUCAAGAAGAACCUGUUAUUAAAACAGAAGAUGGUACUUCAAAUAUUUUGGACUUAAAAAAUUUGCCCAUUACCUUUGUUUCCCUUUCAGGAAUUGGCAGUUUUUUUUUUAUUUUAUAUAAAUAUUCGCCUCUGGGAUCCUGGUUAUAUAGGAAUGUUACUAAUAAAAAUAAAUUAAGUGCAAAUAUGAACUACAAACCUACACAAGAAGACUUAGAACGUAUGUUACAUAGUACGCAUAUAAAUUCACCAGACCAUCAAAAUACGGUAUACAAAAAAAAGAAAAAUUUAUAUGAUUUCUUGGAAUUUUGUGAUAAUAUAAAAGGUGUAUUAACAAAUAAAAGAACUGCACAGCAGAACAAUUAUUGCAAUUAUAUGAAAGUUAUUUUUGACUUAUACAAAGAAAUGGAGGAUAUAGAAAAUCCGAAGGUUUUUGAUUAG